AUGCGCAGGCUCAGUUCCUGGAGGAAGAUGGCGGCAGCGGAGAAGCAGAAACACGACGGGCGGGUGAAGAUUGGCCACUACAUCCUGGGGGACACGCUGGGGGUCGGCACCUUCGGCAAAGUGAAGGUUGGCAAGCAUGAGUUGACUGGCCACAAAGUUGCAGUGAAGAUCUUAAAUCGACAGAAAAUUCGAAGCCUUGAUGUGGUAGGAAAAAUUCGCAGAGAAAUUCAGAACCUCAAGCUUUUCAGACAUCCUCAUAUCAUUAAGCUGUACCAGGUCAUUAGUACACCAUCCGACAUUUUCAUGGUGAUGGAAUAUGUCUCUGGGGGAGAGCUGUUUGAUUAUAUCUGUAAAAACGGAAGGCUGGAUGAGAAAGAGAGUCGGCGUUUAUUUCAACAAAUCCUUUCUGGUGUGGAUUAUUGUCACAGACACAUGGUUGUCCAUAGAGACUUGAAACCUGAAAAUGUACUGCUUGAUGCACACAUGAAUGCAAAGAUAGCUGAUUUUGGUCUUUCAAAUAUGAUGUCAGAUGGCGAAUUUUUAAGAACAAGCUGUGGCUCUCCCAACUAUGCUGCACCAGAAGUAAUUUCAGGAAGGUUGUAUGCAGGUCCAGAGGUAGAUAUUUGGAGCAGUGGUGUUAUUCUCUAUGCUUUAUUAUGUGGCACCCUUCCAUUUGAUGAUGAUCAUGUGCCAACCCUUUUUAAGAAGAUAUGUGAUGGGAUCUUUUAUACCCCUCAGUACUUGAAUCCUUCUGUAAUUAGCCUUCUGAAACAUAUGCUGCAGGUGGAUCCCAUGAAGAGAGCCACAAUCAAAGACAUCAGGGAACAUGAGUGGUUUAAACAAGACCUUCCAAAGUAUCUCUUUCCUGAGGAUCCAUCAUAUAGUUCAACCAUGAUUGAUGAUGAAGCCUUAAAAGAAGUAUGUGAAAAAUUUGAAUGUACAGAGGAAGAGGUUCUCAGCUGUCUGUAUAGCAGAAACCACCAGGACCCUUUGGCAGUCGCUUAUCACCUCAUAAUAGAUAAUAGGAGAAUAAUGAAUGAGGCCAAAGAUUUCUACUUGGCUACAAGCCCACCAGAUUCUUUCCUAGAUGAUCACCAUUUUUCUCGCCCACAUCCUGAAAGAGUGCCAUUUUUGGUUGCUGAAACACCAAGGUCACGCCAUACACUGGAUGAAUUAAAUCCUCAAAAAUCCAAACACCAGGGUGUGAGGAGGGCAAAAUGGCAUUUGGGUAUUCGAAGUCAAAGUCGACCAAAUGACAUCAUGGCAGAAGUUUGUCGCUCAAUUAAACAACUGGAUUAUGAAUGGAAGGUUGUAAACCCAUAUUAUUUGCGUGUUCGAAGGAAGAAUCCAGUGACAAGCACAUACUCAAAAAUGAGUCUACAAUUAUAUCAGGUGGACAGUAGAACUUACUUAUUGGACUUCCGAAGCAUUGAUGAUGAAAUUACCGAAGCCAAAUCUGGAAGUACUACUCCACAACGAUCGGGUUCUGUGAGCAAUUACCGAUCUUGCCAAAAGAAUGAUUCAGAUGCUGAAGCUCAAGGAAGAUCCUCAGAUGUUUCCCUUACCUCAUCAGUGACUUCACUUGACUCUUCUACAGUUGACUUAACCCCAAGACCAGGAAGUCACACAAUAGAGUUUUUUGAGAUGUGUGCAAAUCUUAUUAAAAUUCUUGCACAAUAAACAUAAGUUUGCUUAUUUCUUUCAUAGCAAUAAGCAUGCAGAAAUCAUAGCCAAAUGCUUCCAUUUGUAAUCAAGUUAUAAUUAUGGCACUGAGAAGAAUAGCCCUUUCCGAAUGCAAUUUGCACAGAGAUUGGAACGUGAUUAAUAGGCUAACGAAGUGAAUUGUGAUUAUUUUAUUGUCCAUUUUUCAACAAGUAUAUAGUAUAUAAUACAAAAGGCACAAUGAAUUCUAAGUCUCUCGAGCUCACUUGAGUUUUGGAUAUUUUACUGCACACUGGGCUUUGUAGAAUAUUACUGUUUUACCUCAAAGGCCUUUAUAUUUCUCUUAUGUUUUGUUAAAUUUUUGCUUCAAAAUUUAAGUCAAUAAAUACUUGCCUAUUAGUCCCUAGAAAACUAAAGAAUUGAUUGUUUUUCAGCUCCUUUAAGUGCUUCUCCUUUAAGUAAUCAUCCAAUAAUUUCAACAGUCUGAAUGACUGUAUCUCUCCCUUCCGUUAUCUUAUAAUAUAAUUGAAAAUUGUUACUUCAAAGACAUAAAAUGUAAACACAUUUUAGUUAAGGCUGAGAAGUCUGAGCACAGAGUGCUUCCUCAUUCAGAUACCCUUGGCACUUAAUUUAUUCUAAUAGUAAGUGCUAAUACUUUCUAUAUAUAAAUUGCUCUUUCUGUCAUAAGGGAUGAGUUGGCAUACACUGUAAAUAAGACAUUGGGCAAUGCUCUCCAAUUUUAAAAAUACUCUAUUUACUUUUUAUAACAUAUCUUGACAAUUCAUUAUUAAAUUAAAGCAUGAUUCUUUAGUCAAUUGAUUAUGUAUCUGUUUUAAAUUGACAGUGAAGAUAACAUCUACACAGAGUAUUUAAGUGCCCAGUUAUUUGGGGGGUUUAUUUCUCGGAUGAAAUUUAACAUGAAAAAAUUCAGUUUUCUGAAGGAUCAUAUUUCCCAAACUAGUUCUAGAUUUUGAUUAAUUUUUAAAUAGGAUUAUAUGAACUGAAGAAAAUGCUAAACCACCUCAAGAUCUGACUUUUAGAGACCUGUUUCUAUAGCUGGAAGUAUUCAUUUUUUUCUUUUCGGUAAUGGUGUCAUAUAGCUAUGGUAAAUACAAAUUUAAAGCCAUUUUAGAGGAAUCUGAUAUCAUGUGUAUGCUAAUAAAUAUAAACAAAUGCUGAAUCUAAUAUUCUUGCCUUAUAUAUGUUACUUUCAGUUUGAUUCGUUUUAUGAAUAAUAUAGCACUGUUCCAUAUCCCCAAGUAUUUCUUUCCUUUAUUUAAAUACCUUUACUUAUUAGGUUAUUAGGCAAACACAAUGCAUAUCUGCCUAAUCAGAUGAUAGUGUGUCCAUUUGAAUAUCAUGAUAACUUACAUGAAUGGUUACUGUAGUUGUGAGUUCAACUCCAACAAUUUAGUAACAUGCACUGAAUUGAAAAGAAGCACGACACUGCUUAUGUCCAGGGGUUGCUGUACUUAACGUUAAAUGUGGACUCUGUACAAAGUAUUAAUAUAUCCACUUAAUAUAAAUUUAAAUUUUCUUUAAAAAAAUUUUUAUGGCCCUUGAUAUUUAGAAUGAUAUUUUGAGACAUGUUCUUCAAGUGAAACGUAAUGUCCCUGGAGAUUGGCAAAAGAUUGUAUUUUUUAAAGUUGAAGAUUUUGGGGUAUGUAUAUAAUACAGGGGACAUUACUAUAAUGUCUAUAUAUGCUAGAGGAAGAGGAACCAAUUAAAAAGAACUUUCUAAAAUACUUUAUUAGUCUUAUAAAAUUCAAUUCUGAUAUAUUCUGUUAAGUUAUUGUGAUCCCUUCUGGUAAUUGAGUUUUUUUUUUUUUGAAGUUGUUUAAAUAUUGCACUUGUACAAAUAGUAUAAUAAACGCACAGACUUUAUUGCAGUA